GGGCGAGGGAGCGGGAGGGCGGCGGCUAGUCCGUGGACACGGGUGGGUGCGAAGCGCACCGGGAUGCGCUGCGGGGCUGCUCGUUGGGUCCCGCUGCCCGCCGCUCAGCCCCUGGCUCGAGGCGUUGGGAGCUGCGCGUUCUCCUCUCUCCCCGGGUAGCUCUCGGUGCCAGGGCGUGUGCCCAAUGUCCCUCUACCCUGCUGCUACCCGUCCCGUCCCCUUCCUGGGGUCCCGUGGGAUGCUGUCGCCGGGCACGGCUGCGUGAAGCGACCCGAUGCCCUCACCCGCGGCUGGGGCGCGGACGGCCCCUCGCGGGGCGAUGUUCGUGGGAGGUGGGAGAUGCCGGCGGGACGCGGGAUGCCGGCGCUGACUGCGAGCUCGGUGCAAGGCAGUGGGACCGGGAACGUGGAAACGGGAGAGGGGCUGCGGGAGAGGGGCUGCUCUGUGCCCCAGCUUCUGGCCAGGGUCUGCCGAUCAAGCGGCGGCGGCUGAGCCGGUCUGCGAGCGGCUAAAUAUAGCCCGUCGGAAGCACCGCUGCGUGCGGCCAGGGGUCCCGCUGGCAGGGUCCCUCAGCAUCCUACUGAGGGCUAGCGUCCCUGUGCUGCGGUCCUGGGGCACGGAGCGCCCCGACCAGGGUGGUACCUCCGGCACAUCCACGAGCUAUGCAAACUCUAGGGCGGGCCGGGGACUGUUGUGCCCUCCCCGCGGUUGAGCCCUGGCUGGCCCCCGCUGCCAGCUUCCCUCACAGCAGGCAGAGGGGCUGUGGGGCCACGGAACCGGGCAGCUCCAGGCAGGGACCGGGGGUCACACCUGGAGACAACCCAGGGCAGCCUUCGGCUUCGCAGCCCCAGGACCCAGCCCAGACCAGAGUGGGCUCUCUCUCCUGCGUGCUGAGGCCAGGGAAGCUGGCUUAGCCCCGCAGCCCCCGGCCGUGUCCCAGCCCACCCUGUGCUGCCGCCCCGGGGGUGCGGGAAGUAUCCCAGCAGAGCCGGUAGCAUCCCCCGGCACUUCCCGGUGUCACACCGCGCACAGGACGACGAUCAAUCGCUCUGCCGGUAGGUGUGUCGGGGGAUGCCCACUGGCUGCUCAGCCCCUGCUCCAAGUGUCUCCUUUCUUCUCACUUCUGCACCCUGCCAUUAGCCAAGCUCCUGCUGCCGGGGCGCCGGCGGCACCGGGGAAGGUUUCAUCCUGUAAAUGGGUUCCCUGUCAUGUUCAAUCAUCAUCAGCGCUGGAGACGCUGCUCGCCGCUUGCUCUGCUGCCCCACCGAACCUUGCAGAGGGAGCCAGCGUGUCUCCUUGGGAACCUGCUGGACAUGGACACCUUCUCCAAGUCCGACCCAGUGGUGGUCCUCUUUGUGCAGGUCUCGGGGAGCAGCGAGUGGAAGGAGUUCGGACGCACCGAGGUGAUCGACAACACCCUGAACCCCGACUUUGUCCGCAAGUUCGUCCUCGACUACUACUUCGAGGAGAAGCAAAACCUCCGCUUCGAUGUAUACAACGUGGACUCCAAGAGCUGCUCCGCUUUAAAACAGAAGGACUUCCUGGGGCAGGCAUUUGUGGCACUGGGAGAGGUGAUUGGGUCCCAGCGGGGACGCCUGGAGAGACCCCUAACGGGUGUCCCAGGGAAGCGGUGUGGAACUAUCCUGCUGCUGGCUGAGGAGCUGAGCAACUGCCGGGACAUUGUCACAAUGCAGCUGUGUGCCAACAAGCUGGAUAAGAAGGACUUCUUUGGAAAAUCCGAUCCCUUCCUCGUCUUCUAUCGUAGCAAUGAGGAUGGCACCUUUACAAUUUGCCAUAAGACAGAGGUGGUGAAGAACACACUCAACCCGGUGUGGCAGCCCUUCACCAUCCCCGUGCGCGCCCUCUGCAAUGGCGACUACGACCGGACGGUGAAGAUAGAUGUGUACGACUGGGACCGGGAUGGGAGCCACGACUUCAUUGGGGAAUUUGCCACCAGCUACCGGGAGCUCUCUCGAGCACAGAGUCAGUUCACAGUGUAUGAGGUGCUGAAUCCCAGGAAGAAAUGCAAGAAGAAGAAAUAUGUGAAUUCUGGCACUGUGACACUGCUCUCCUUCUCCGUUGAGUCUGAGUUCACCUUCGUUGACUACAUACGGGGCGGGACGCAGCUGAAUUUCACUGUUGCCAUUGACUUCACGGCCUCCAAUGGGUUGCCAUCACAGCCCACCUCGCUGCACUACGCGAGCCCGUACCAGCUGAGCGCCUACGCCCUGGCACUGAAGGCAGUGGGGGAAAUCAUCCAGGACUACGACAGCGACAAGCUCUUCCCUGCCUACGGCUUUGGUGCCAAAGUCCCACCUGACGGCAAGAUCUCCCACCAGUUUCCUCUGUGCCCCAUCUCUGUCCCUCAGAACAACAAUGUGGAGAACCCCAGCUGUGCCGGCAUUGAAGGUGUACUGGAGUCCUACCUCCAAAGCCUACGCACUGUCCAGCUCUAUGGUCCUACCAACUUUGCUCCUGUCAUCAACCAGGUGGCUGGGAUAGCUGCCCAGGUGACCGAUGGUUCACAAUACCACGUCCUCCUCAUCAUCACUGAUGGUGUCAUCUCUGACAUGCUGCAGACCAAGGAAGCCAUUGUCACCGCUUCCUCCCUGCCCAUGUCCAUCAUCAUUGUGGGAGUAGGUCCAGCUGAGUUUGAGGGGCUGGUGUUUCUAUCCCCGGUGUUCAUCCCACCGAGGCUUGGUGACCCCAGCUCUCACCCCCAGCCAUGGAGGAGCUGGACGGUGAUGAGGUACGGUUGUCUUCCCGGGGACGGUAUGCUGAGAGGGACAUUGUACAGUUUGUGCCAUUUCGGGACUAUGUGGAUGACUCCGGCAACCAGGUGCUGAGCAUGGCCCGCCUGGCCAAGGAUGUGCUGGCUGAGAUCCCUGAGCAGCUGCUCUCUUAUAUGAAGACCCGUGACAUCAAGCCACGCCGGGCAGAUCCCGAGUAGCUCUUCCAUGAGCCAUGGGACUGACUGGUGGGGCGACGAUAUGUUUACCUUUUUUCUGCCGGUGGCCAGGGCUUAACCAUGGAGAUGUGGCCCCUUUAGGGAGAUAAUCAGCUGCUAUGGUUGGUCAAAACAGGGCUGGGACCCGCUUCUGGCAGUGAGACCACAGGGCUGGACAUCCUUGGCUGUCCCUUCCUCCUGCCCGAUGUCCAGCAGCAAGGCGGGACUGUCCCUCGACCGCGGCAGUGCGGGCAGGGCCAGCGCCGGGGGAACACGGCGUGUGUGUCCCGGGAGAGCAGCCCGGCGUCUGCCCGGGGGAAGGCUGAGUGCCUGCCGGGGGUCUCGGCGGCCUCGCCCUGCUCCUGCCUGCACCCCAUUCCUGCCUGCACCCCGCUCCUGCCUGUGCCCUCCUCCGGCUCCGCUAACCGGGCUGGCCGGCCUGCCCCGUGCCCUGCCGCACGGCGGGGCUCCCCCACCGGAGGGUGCCGGCGCGGAGGGCAGGCGGGUCUCUGCUGCGUUACCGACUGUAAAUAAACUGCUCAACCGGG